UUCAUCAACCACAACUUGCAUUCAAAGAGUUAUAUGCACAUCUCUUCCGCUUUCCAAUCUAAUGAUGAACACAAAGAAGCUCUUGAAGAUGGCCAAGAAAUGGCAACAGAGAGCUGCCUUAAGCAGAAAGAGAAUCUCAUUUGAGAGAUCAGUAGCUACUACUAGCAGCUCAACCCCUGCAGAGAAAGGCUGUUUUGUGGUUUACACAUCCGAUAAAAUCCGCUUUGCGUUUCCAAUAAGCUAUCUGAGAAACUCUGUUUUCCAAGAGGUCUUGAAGAUAUCUGAAGAAGAGUUUGGCCUCUCCAGCGAUGGACCAAUCACAUUGCCAUUCGAUUCGGUUUUCUUGGAGUAUCUCAUCAAAUUGAUCCAACGACGAAUGGAUGGAGAUACAGAAAAGGCUCUGUUAAUGUCAAUCUCUAGUGCUAGAUGUUCUAAACCAUACUCUUUUCAACAACAAGAACAAUUGCUUGUAAUUUAGAGAAAUAGAGUGUAGCAAUUUGUGUGUUUGUAAAGAUUCUAAUGUAUAUUAGAUCAGACAAAUAAUUCUAGAAAUAUAAACCAUUAUUUUUGUC